UAAAUUAUACGAUAAGCUCUAUUUGUGCCUCUGCUUUUGUGCCUUUACGACUCUUUGUAGGACUGAUUUUUCGAUAGGAUUCAAUCAUGAUUUUUCAAAAAGGAAGCAGAAUAAUUAGCAUUAGAAUGCGUCCAGCAACCAAGUUUUGGAGCGCCAUGGCGUCGUACGCAACGAAGGUUUCCCUGAACGAGGUGGUGAUUGUCUCUGCCGUGAGGACUCCCAUUGGUUCCUUCAGAGGCAGCCUGGCGAGUCUCUCCGCGCCGGAGCUGGGCGCCGUCGCUGCCAAGGCGGCGAUAGAGAGAGCUGGCAUUCCUAAAGAAGAAAUAAAAGAGGUAUAUUUUGGAAAUGUUGUCUCAGCAAAUGUGGGUCAGGCUCCAGCAAGGCAAGUGUCCAUGGGAGCCGGCCUCCCAAAGAGCACAAUCUGCACCACCAUCAACAAGGUAUGCUCGUCCGGCAUGAAGUCCAUCAUGCUCGCCGCACAGGGACUCCAGACUGGAGCCCAGGAUGUCAUGCUGGCCGGUGGAAUGGAAUCCAUGUCCAAUGUACCAUAUUACUUAAAGAGGGGAGAAACACCAUACGGAGGUGUGCAAUUAACUGAUGGCAUUGUCCAUGAUGGACUCACAGAUGUCUACAACAAAUUCCACAUGGGAAACUGUGCUGAGAACACCGCCAAGAAAAUGGGCAUCACCAGAGAACAGCAGGAUGAAUAUGCCAUCAGCAGCUACAAGAGAAGCGCUGAAGCUUACAAGAACAAAGCAUUCGCAGAUGAGCUGGUCCCAGUGCCAGUGCCUCAGAAGAGGGGAGCCCCUCCUGUCAUAUUUGCUGAAGAUGAAGAAUACAAACGAGUCAACUUUGAGAAGUUCACCAAACUAGCCACAGUAUUCCAGAAAGAAAAUGGCACAGUAACAGCUGGGAAUGCCUCAACCCUGAAUGACGGAGCUGCAGCUGUUGUUCUAAUGACAGCCGAUGCUGCUCAGAGACUGAAUGUAACGCCCAUUGCUAGAAUAGUUGGAUUUGCUGAUGGAGAGUGUGAUCCCAUUGACUUCCCCAUUGCCCCAGCUGUAGCUAUCCCUAAGCUGUUAGAGAAGACUGGUGUGAAGAAGGAAGAAGUAGCUUUGUGGGAGCUGAAUGAGGCAUUCAGUGUGGUUGCUGUUGCUAACCAGAAGAUCCUAGAUCUGGAUGCUUCCAAGAUAAAUGUCCAUGGUGGUGCUGUGAGCAUUGGCCAUCCAAUCGGUAUGUCUGGAGCCAGAAUAGUAGUCCACUUAUGUCAUGCUCUUAAGAAGGGAGAGAAAGGUGUAGCAGCCAUUUGCAAUGGAGGUGGUGGUGCCUCUUCCAUUAUGAUUGAGAAAUUGUAAGUCAACAUAACUGACCUGACCCACUAAUGGUUUUGUUCUGCUUUCGUCUGAUCCAUAUUUUACCCCUAAGUUAUUAUUAUUAUUUAACCAUUUACUAAAAUUAUUAGCACUGUUUUUGUUAGUUUUAAUGUUAUUCUGUAUUGCUUUAUAGCUUUAACAGUAUAAGGAGAAUGAAUUUAAAUGUAAAUCUGUACUGUAUAUAGUUUAUGUAUUGUUAUGUCAUUUGUAUAACUUUAUGACAAGGAUAAUAAUUUUAUAAUCAAUGCCUUAAAGAUUUUACAUUUUGUAUGAAUGGAAAAUAAACUUAUGAAUCGUU